GCCGCCAUUUUGCUACGUUUUCCGUAGGCCCUGCCCCAUUUCCUAUCGUCCCUUUCGGUCGCCGCGCACCGUCCUGCAAGGUCGUGAAAAAAGGACUACUUGGGUUGCCGCCAUUUCGCCCGCCUUCGGUCUCUGCGUCUUUCGCAGAGCUCCCGACUGCGCUAUGUUGGGACAGAGCAUCCGGAGAUUCACGACCUCUGUGGUCCGUAGGAGCCACUAUGAGGAGGGCCCAGGGAAGAAUUUGCCAUUUUCUGUGGAAAACAAGUGGCGGUUACUACUUAUGAUGACUGUGUACUUAGGUUCUGGAUUUGCUGCACCUUUCUUCAUAGUAAGGCACCAACUGCUUAAGAAAUAAGGACGUUUUAGUUCAUCCAUGAAACAGAUAUGAAGAGGAUCAUUUUAAGAAGUGCAAUUUCUUUGAAAAGUCAAACUCUCAAACUCAACAUACUAAAUAUGUUUGUAAAUAAACUUAUGGGCAUGACUCCUUAAUGCCUCUUCUCUGAAAUAUAGUUGAGUGUAUGAUUAUUUUUUAUUUGAAUAAUAUUCCCGUAUUCAUCAAAAUGU